AUGAAGUGACAAACUUAACGUCUGCGGUAAAAUCUCUGAGAGACUGGCGAAAUGAUCGAACUUUGAAAGAUCUUCGACGACAGGCGCUUUUGUUGAAACUCAACCGUCAGAUUGCGUAUAUGUACUAUAUAUUUAAAUUAUAACGAAAGAAUAUUUCAGAACUCUUUUGAAACUCUUUCAAGACGACGCGUGCCUAAAGAAGCCGUGCCGGGCAGGCGGAACUUGUAUCCCGCGAUUUGGGAACAAAUAUUACUGCUUGUGUCCACCUCAUUCUACGGUUUUUGAUUGAUGAGAAAAAUCAAGUUAUUAAAAAAAACAGGGAGUCAACUGUGAGAACGACGUCGAUGAGUGCGACGUCUACAAAGGAACUCCGGCUGGAUGUCAGAACAACGGAACUUGUUUGAACGUUCCCGGAGGAUUCAUGUGAGAAAUUCAUUGAUAAAAAAAAUGUCAAGAAAGGGUUUUUUUGAACGCCUCGUGUCAUUAAAGAAGUUCUGCAGAACGUUUUUUUCUGGUUUUCUGCUUAUCAGUGCUCUCUUUCAGGCUUACUAGUUUCAGAGACGUUUCCUUUGUAACGUUUAAUUUUAUUCAAUUUUUUGAUUUCAAAGAAUAUUCCUUUUUCAUACUUUUAUUUCAUUCAUGUUUUUUUCAGCUGCACCUGCCCACACGGUUUCCACGGACAACUCUGCCAGUUUGAACUUUCGCAAUGUUCGAGAACUUUUGAGAUUUGUGGACCUCAUGGCCAUUGCAUCGACGUCGACAAUCCGAAAAGCGAGGUUCAAGAAGAAUCAACAAAAAAGAAAAACAUUUUAUAUAAGAAAACAUCACUUCAUUUGGAAAAAAAACAGCGAAAAAUUGAGUCCAAAAUCUCCCUUGAAGUAAACUUUUAAGAGUACAUGUACGUAAAGAUGAAGUGGAACUUGGGACUCUUAGACCUUAGUCUCUAACUUCCAUUUCAGGUCAAAUACAAAUGCCUCUGCGACUGGGGAUACAAAGUCUCGCCGGACGCCUCGAAUCCGACUUGCGUCGACGUCGACGAGUGCUCUUCGAACCCGUGUCAUCCGGGAAUGGACUGCAUAAACCUCCCAGGCACCUUCACCUGCUCCGGCUGUCCUCCCGGAUACCAGAGUAACGGGAAUAUCUUUCCGGAGAAACGAAUCGGAAUUUUUGCAGUGGAAGGUCAGAGAUGCGUGGACGUGGACGAGUGUGCGGCUGAAGAGCCUCCUUGUUCCACAGAUCCGCCGGUCGUCUGCAGAAACACCAUCGGUGGAUACACCUGCGAGAGUUGUCCUCCAGGUGGGCUUCUUUGGGUAAUUCAAGAAAAAACGAAAAUAUCGUGGAAGGUUAAAAAAUUUACUUUCAAAAAAGUCUAAAUGUGGCUCAGAACAAGUCUGCACCCAAUCAAAUUUCUUGGCAGGUUAUACCGGAGACGGCAAAAAGUGCGAGAAGCAGUCGGCGUGUCUGAACGCCAACUGUCACGAGCUGGCCAAGUGUCGCGAGUCGGACGAGGUCUGGCACACCAACGGCUACAUCUGCGUGUGUCCCUCGGGCUACGCCGGCGACGGAGUCGGCCUCAACGGCUGCGAAAAGACCAACUCGACCGUCUGCCAGACGAAUCUCUGCAUGAACGGCGGCAAGUGCCAGGUCUCUUCGUUUCCUCCAAAAACUUAUGAAAAUCAAUUAAUAAUAAUAGGUUUAUUCAAAUCAACUAAAAUGAGUUUUAUCAUUCACAGGAAAAAGUGCAGUUAAAUAAAGGACUUAAGGAGACUACCUUAACAUGGAAAAAGCUAGUCUUCGACCCGGUAUUUGAAAAGUAGGCAAAACGCAAAAAAUAAGCUGAUACAUAAAAUACGGAUGUUGUGAAAUAAUCAAGCUCAAUCCAGAAAGAAUCAUUGAAGAAAUUCGAAUCUAGAUUUGUUGAAGGUUAUUUAGCCAUAAUGAAAUAAAUUUUGAAAAAUAUGUGUUCAUGAAAUUGAGUGAAAAUUCGAAGUGUAUUUUCUGUAAAGGAGAAGUAGUAAAAAGGAGAAGUAGUAAAAAAAAGUGAUGAAGAUUUCCCACAUUUUUUCAAUUUUUUCAGCCCUUAAACAACGUCUCGUAUAGAUGCGUCUGUCCUGACGGCUACUUUGGAACUUUUUGCCAAAACGUCUGUCAUUCCCUUCAACCUUUCCGAAAAAGUGAAUUUCUCUUCAGCGCGAUCCAUGUUCGGUGAAUCCUUGCUUGAACGGUGGAAAGUGCCAGAGAGCCACCACCUACGAGUACAAAUGCCAGUGCACUGGGAACUUCUACGGUGAACAGUGCGAGCUCGAGGAAGAAUGUGAGGAGUUUAAAAAAGAGGUCUUGACAAGAGCAACAGUUUUUGUUUCAGUUAUGUUACAAGAGUUUUGGAGGUCUGUUGGGAAAAAAACGAAAAAAAAAAACAAUGAUGGUAUUAGUUACUUAUGAUCAGUUCGACUUCGCAAUAAAAAUUAAGCCCAAAUUUUUUCGUAGGCAUGCCUGUUUUUGUGACCAACGAGGCUUCACCUAUCAUUCAGAAAUGACCUCAGGUUGAGCUUUCAAAAGUUAUAGCAACCGUAACUUACUCACUGUCCUGUGUGAUGAUCAUUGAGCGCCAUCUGAGAAAUUAAAAAACAUAAAUAUCCUUCAGCCUUCUUGAAAAUCAUAACACCAUAAUAAAAGCAACUUUCUUUUCCUUUUUUUCAAACUGUUUCCCGAUACUUUGCGAGGCUGCUUCAUUUUCCAGCUUGCAAUUCGCACAUCACCCAGGAAAGUGGCAACGUGACUUUCGAAUACAAAACCUCCACCAGCCGUAUUUGUGACUACACAUUCAAUAUUGCGCGCCAAAAGUCCGCGUUGAAACUGACGUUCCUUUCCUUCGACGAAAUGUCUGCCGGACUGUCUUUGUCCACCGACUGCGCAACGACUCUGGGAAAUCUUACGGUAAGGGGAAAACCAAGAACUGGAGGAUUACUGUGACAGGUCUACGACGGUCUUUCCGACACUUCGACGCGAUUCGCGACCUUCUGUGGUGACCGCAACAGCAUUUAUGUGAGGAAAAUUGCUCUUGAAAGAUUUGUAAUGCUAAAAAUGUUUCGAAAUAUGGUCAAUGAGUUGUUGAAUUUAAGUACUCAAUAAUUUUUCACAGUCAGAGGGAAAGGGUAGUGAAGAAAGAAAAAAAAAAGACAGAACACGACUUUAAAAAGAGUUUUGAUUCAAAAAACGCAAUCUUCAAAUGAGUCUCAAUAUCAGGCUCCGCUGAUCGAUCAGCCCAUCACGAUGACGUCGACGCGAGCUCUCCUGCGCUUCCGAGGAGUUUCUGGGAAGUUCUCCCUCAAAUGGGAAACCAUUGAGCGAAGUGAGUACUUCCUCAGCUCAUCGUCACAUUUCCAACUCACAGGCUGCGGCUUCCGAACUACAAACAGCGAAGGCGACCUGGUCGUGCCUCCGAACAAGCAGGACGCCGUCUGCGAAUGGUUCAUCUCGGCGCCGUCGACCAAAGACGUCGAAGUGACGAUUCCUUCCGUCGAGAUGUACUCCAACAUCGACAACGACUGCACCAAGAACUCUCUCGAGGUUUGGAAGCCCGGAAAAACAAAAGAAGUCAAAUUGUGAAGAUAUUCGACGGCUACACUUCUUACGACGCUCACCGCAUUGCGCAAGUUUGCUCCAGCAACAACCAGAGCACUACGGUACUUUUUAUUCUCAGUUUAGACCUGCAGUUAAAAAAUGUUGAGGAACUUUCAGAAAAAGUCGAAAAGUUUGUGAGUUUGCAAACUGUGUGAACAUCUAGGUUUUAAAAUAUACCCCUCGAAGUUAAGUGAAACUACGCUAAUAGAAUGGAAUAUUGAGAAAAAUCAAAGUUAGACAGUAUUUUUCCAGCUGAUAUUUUCAGAAUUUUCAUUUAGCGGAAAGCGUCAGGGCAAAUACUCAAAAAAAUCGAAAGCUCAAACUCCUAUCAAUUUGUAUCUCAAUCAAUGGUAUUGAUAAAAGUAAAAGUAAGUCAGAUAAGAUCAAAAAUCCUGAUAAUUUUGAACAUGCGAAAAAAAAAUUAGAAUUGAAUAAGUUCAGCUUCUGAUUUUUUCACAAGGUUACAACAAAAAGUUUUCCAUAGAAGAAAUGAUUUCUUGUAAUCUCUAUUUUGGUUUAAGCUCCGGUCGACAGGUCCACAUUUGACAGUUAGUUUCAUCAGCAACUUGCCGACUCUGGAGAAUCGUGUGCAGCAGAGAGGAUUCGUCAUCAAGUAUCGAUUCGUGGAGAGUCCGUGGAAAAAUGAUUCACAGCUCUCAAGAAAAUCUUCAGAAGAACGAGAAUGCGGCGGCGACCUUAAGAAUGAAGAAGGCAAAAUCGGCUGGAAGGGAGUCAUCGAGUCGCCGAAUUACGGCUCUCUAUACCCACCAAACAUGGAUUGCACGUGGAAAUUCUCUGGGAAACCCUUGGACAACGAUACGGAAGAAGACGGUCAACAGCUCAAGCUCACUUUUGAAGAGUUCGACGUUGUUUCUCCAUAUCUUCCUCUGGGACCAAGCUCAUACAGUAAGGCCAAAUACAGUACCUCAGCUGUUGUUGUCGUUCAGUCCGACAGAUGGGCCUCGGCUUUGGUCCGUUUUCUUCUUGGAACCGACGGAGGCUCUGGUCACGGCCUUUUCUUGAUUUGGGCACUACUCUCAAGUGCAACGAAGACUUUCUUCAAGUGGCUAUCAUAAUGAAUUCCGUCGAAUUUGACUAUCUUUGAGAUAAUCACCGAUUCUGGCCUGUACUUUGACGCUUGCAAUGGUCACAAGCCAAAGAACGAGCUCGUGAUACCGAGCAACGAGGUCGUUUUGAAAUUCCACUCGGACAGUCGGCAGCAAGGAAAAGGAUUCCGCGUCAAGUAUGAAAGCGGUAAGACCGAAAACAUUACAAAGGAAAGGAUAGUGGGUUGCAGUCUGUGAGAAUAAGUUCUCUGGGAACGGAACGAUCCGCUCGUGGAACUAUCCGAGCGGCGGCGUCGCUGGAAAGUGCACCUACAUCAUUCAAGCUCUCAAAACAGAAGCGAUCACCCUGAAGUUUGAAUCGAGAAGGAAAUCCUGUGCAAAGUCUAACUUUCAGGAUCAAAACCUUGGGUCUUAGGGUUAUUUCUCAAUCCGAAUGUUUUUAUCCCAAAGACGCCAUCGAAACAUAUCCUAACUAUAUUGAGGUUUGUCUUUUUUGUACGGGUAAAAAAAGAAAAAUAUUUAAAAAAAAUUGACUUAUUAGGGACUAGUCUCACUUUGAGUUAUUAUAUUUUCUAUUUAUUUUCUAAAUAAUAUCUUCUCAAAAUGCAAAAAAAGUUUGGUUUAGACUCCACUAUAGAGAUUUUUAAGCUGAUAAAAAAACGGAAUUUGGUAAAUUUUAUUGUUUUUUUUCUGGAAUUGGAGAGCAUUUACUGAUUAGCAUAUCGAGGCUAUGGUUUUAAAUAUUUUUCACAGGUCACUGGUGGGCACAAGGAAGACAAAACCCUAAACAGAAGAUACAUAUGUGCCAAGUAUCCUUUCGUCGAAGAAAACGCUCUGAUUGCUCCUGGAAAUCGGCCGCUGACGAUCGUCGUCAACAGCAACGGAGAUCCCAAGUUCACGGGUCUUCUCAUCGAAUACACGACCACCAACAUCGGUACAGUUUCUUUUCUAAUUUCUUUUAAACUGCUUCCUUCUCAAUGCUUAGGGAAUUGUCUCUACGUUGGUUUUCUUAACUUUUAUAAAAACUAGGUGCUUUUAGUUGUUCGGUGUAAUUAUCAUAAGAAGCCACUCAUGAACAUUUACUUUUUUCUCUCAGGAUGCGGCGGCGUCUUCACCACGAUGACGUCACACAUCAACUCACCCAACUACCCAGAACGCUACAUGCCGCACAUGCACUGUAUCUACACGAUCCUCGUCGGAUGGGUCCGUUUUGUUCUUGUUCUGAAACGGCGAUUAUGGGAUUUUGCAGGGAAAAGUCGUCCGGGCGACGUUUGAAGCUUUUGACUUGGAGUCGACGCCUUCGAAAGAUUGCGAGUUCGACCGGGUCGAAGUCUAUGAGAAGUACACUAACGAAGAUGACCACGGACCUUUGCUAGCCAAGUUUGUCUUGCAAAAAAAACUGAAAAAAGCUAAAGAUAUCAAAAAAAGAUGCAAAAUUAAGAGAGCGUAUUUUUUAAAAAAUUUCACAUUCUCAGAAAUGCCAUAGUUUUCCCUAUAGAGGUUAGAGUCUGACUAUAAACCUCUAAAGCUCAAGUGGUCCAUGUAGGGUCUUUUAAACCUUUUUCAGGCGUAAAAAAUGAUGAGACGAAAUUGACCAAUCCUCUGUUGUUUUUUUUCAGGUCAUCUAAAAAUAACUUGUUGCAGAUUCUGCGGCUCGAUGCUUCCUCCGGCGAUCAUGUCACCGGCCAACAAAAUGGUCCUCGUCUUCAUUUCUGACCGGUCCGUUGCCGGCAGUGGCUUCAGCGCCAAGUACGAGGCCGUCGAGGAGUCUCAGACCUGCGACCAGACUUUCUUGGCGCCGAGUGGCGAGAUCGUCUUCAACUCGACGGAAGUCCGAGUCAACAAAUGCUCCUUCCACGUCGCGGUCCCCGGAAACAAGAGGAUUCUCCUGAAACUCAAUGACAUCGACAUGCCUUGCUUCACAACUCAGCUCAAACUGAGGUAGGGCUUUUGCUUUUUUUCAAUAGUUUGGUCAAAUGAUGCAAGAUAAAAACAUCAUGAACCAAACAUUUAUAUCAGACUUUCGUUUAGGUGGAUACAGUCUGAAAGAUAAACACAUAUUUAAAUUUUUUUUUAGGCUUGUUUUCGAAAUUGGGAACAGCUUUCUAAUUUCAGAUAUUCCUAUCAAUAACUUUUCAAUAAGAGAAUCAUGUUUUCAUAUCCCUAACAAUCCAUUUUUUAGGAACGGACCCAGCGAAAGCUCUCCAGGCUUCACCACUCUCUCGGACAACUCUCAAAUCUGCGACAAUCAAAAGUUCAGCAUCUUGAGAUCUCAUGGAUCGAGAGUUCUGCUGACCUUCACUUCAACCGACCCGAGAAACGUGUUUUUCAACAUCUCCUACGAGUCAAUUUCUUCGGGUAAUUCUUUCUGACGAGGAAGUGUUGCAUUAUCAACUUGAGGUUGUGGCGGCCUAGUAACUGGCCUGACGGGCAGCAUUUCGGCUCCCCAAUACCCACUCAAGGACUCUUCAGCCAUCGAAUGCCAAUGGACGGUGGCCGUCGCCCUCGGAAACCGCAUCCGCUUCUCCGUCACUGAACUCGACGACCUCAAAUCCUCAGACGAGUUCGGCUACUGCGCCAUGUUCCCUGCUAACCGGCUUGAUGUCUGAGCGCUGUCCAGAUUCACGCUCAAUCGUUUUUUUCAGGUUCUCGAUGGACCUCACGCUGCAUCAAAGACCAUCGUGAGGUACUGCAGAAAAGAAUUCGCUCCGGAACCAGUGGACUCGGAAGACAACGAAAUCGUCGUGCGAUACAAGUGGACAUUCCACACUUUUCUUUUCAUUGGUUUCUGCUUUCAGGCAGCAAGGAAGCUACCAGACCGGUGGGAUCUUCGGAUUCCUGGCCCAUUUCACGACUGUUUGCAAGGGAGUUCUUCUGACCGACCUCAGCGGCUCGAUUCAGUCGCCAGGAUAUCCUCAUCACGUAUCGACCAAUCUUCUCUGCCAAUGGACUAUUCAAGUAGGUGGAAAAGAAUUACAUAUGGAGGGAAAAAAGCACCGUAUUCGAAAAACAAAAUUUUUCUGACAAAGAGCAUUUUUACAGGUACCUCCUGGCAACAGAAUCCUAGCGACUAUGCACAAGUUCGUGUUAGAGACGUCGUCUUACUGGACGAAAGUUGGCAAAGAAUGCGAUACGAACUUCUUGAAGGCCAGUUGGCAGCGUUAAAAUCCUUCUGAAAAGCUGAAUGUUCAGAUCGACGAAAAUGACUUUGCCUCGGCGAGCGUCCUGAUCAAUGGCUUCACGAACGUCACGACAACAAAAAGCCGAUUCUGCUCGGAUCUCGUCGCGCCCGUUACCAUCAACGUUGUUGAAAAAGUGAAAUAAUAAAUGACAAGGCUUUUCAGUCGAAACACAACCGAAUGAUCAUCACCUACGCCACUUUCAAGCAGCCGGAAAAUCUUUUCUGGCUGAGUUGGACGACCAUCGGCUGCGGCGGAGAACUUCGAGCGCCUCAGAAGAUCGUCGUCAACAAGAAUCGGCUCGAUCCGGAUGCUCAGUCCUACGAGUGCCACUAUAGUAUUAAGGUACUUUUUUCCGGAACAAAUUUUUCAGAAGAAUAGUUCUAAAAGUUUAUUGAAAAUCGAAGUUUCAGGGAACAGAAGUUUAUGAAAACAUAGGGGGAGAUUGAACGGUGAAAAACGCCUAAAUUUCGAAUAGUAACGUUGAAUUACGUUUACGUUGAUGUAAAUCUUGACAAAAAAACUAUUAUUAUUUGUCUAAAAAUUUUUGUUGAAAAAAAACGUUCGUUAUACCUUGAAUUCGUAUUCCUAAAAAAUAGAGGCUUUUAAUAAUUCUGAAGUAAAUUUUUUUAGGAAGAAGAAUUACGACGGAGCUCUCAUUUCACUGUCUCAAUUAUGUACAUAAUUUAGAGUUUUACGGAAAGUAGAAUUUGUCUGAUGAUGAGCGUGAACAGUCUCACACAUCUUCAUUUUAUUUCGUUUCAAGUUGAAUCUCAUGGGGAAAAACUUCGAAGUUGUAGAUGAAUUUGAAAAAUACUGUAGACCGUACGAAGCAAUGUUCAUUCAGGCGCCGCUGGAUAAAAAAGUGAAGCUGAAAAUCGAAGAGUUUUCGGUGUACUCGAAGAAUUCGGAUUGCACUUAUGAAUCGUCUAAGCCAUUCUACGGCGUCGCUGUAAGAGUUUGACUUGUUUUUCAAGAAAAAUAUGAACUUCCCAGCUUUUCACCGCUUCUUCUAACGAUUCCGGCCUCGCUCAACACGUUCUCUGCACACAGACCACUCAGGAUCACUUCAAUUCCCACACCAACGAGCUUUUCAUAAUCAUUUCGGUUUUCUUGAACUCACCAAGUAGCAUUUUGAGCUUCCGCUUUAGGUAAACUCUAGCCAAGUUGCUCCAAACGAAGUCGGAGAGUUCUUCAAAGCUUCUUUCGAAUUUGUUGACAGCGACCAAGAAGACGUCUUUGAUCAGUGUGGUGGAAUCAUCGAACGUUUGUGGAAAAAAUAAUAUCAAAAAGAAGUCUGAUUUUUUUCAGUGAAGCCGAAACUAAUGACGCAAAUUCAUUCUCCCGGAUUCCCGAAGAUGUACAACACUGGCGUCAGCUGCAACUGGCUCUUCAAGGCAAGAAACAGCGGGAUCGUGAGUUGAUGCGCAGCGAAACUUGCAGGCUCCAGAGGGCUACCACAUCAACUACACGAUGAACGAGUUCCACUCUCCCAACUACGACCCCGUCCGAGAACCUUCCCGCUUCAACAUAAGAUCCUCUUUAACUGGACUAUCGUGAGUUUUCUUGAUAUUCAUGACACUUUACCUACUUACCUUUGAGAUGCAAGAAAUGGAGUUUCUACAUGGAUGGCGCGCUAACUUUCUAUGAAACCAACAGCAGGUCAGCUUCCUUCGAAUUUAAUCAAUAAUUUUUUUUUCUCGCCCGGAAGAGGUUAUCUGUUGGUUAGGGUAAACGAUGAUCAGAAUCUCAACUUAAAAAUAAAAAAAGUUAAAAAAAUUGAAAGUAGAGCCGUUGACUCUUAUAGAUUUACGCGAUAGACCACGCCUCCUUUUUGAUGACGUCAAUAAGCUGUUGUGAUCUUUUUUUCUCUUUCGAAAAGAAACUGUUAACUUCCAGCAAGACUCCGCCUGUCGAAAGGUUUUGCGAUGAAACUCCCGAUCCGAAAAAUAUUAAAGUUCGCAGUGGAGAGGUACUGGAGCAUCACUCCCCUGAAAAUAUAACUAUUUUCCAGUCUUUGGUCGUUUUCACUGGAGUCAAUGCCUCUCCAGGCCAAAGAAGUGGUCAGGCGACUUCCAGCAAAGUAGAGAAAUUGUUGGGAAUUCUCGAAAAAGAAGCAAUUUUGAAGAUGGGAUUCUCCCUGAGCGCCGAGCUUCUCUGUGGUGGAACAGUGUAUGCAGACAACAAGCCGACCGUUUUUUCGCUUGUUCGUCAAACGGAAAGCUGCGAAAUCACAAUAGUCAGGAAAUAUCCGGGUAGGUUCAGUGGUUCAAAGCACAAGCAAGGAUGUUGCUCAAUCUUUUUUCUUCACUUUUUUUUUUCAAAUUUGUUGAUUUUAUUUUUUUAAUUUUCACUUUUUUUUUAAUUCGACCCAUUUUGGACUCCUCGAACGGAAAAAAAGUAUUUAAAAAAAUAAAAAAUUUAAGAUAUUCAGAUCAAGAUGGCAAGAUUUUUCUGCGAGUGGAAAAGUUCAUGCCCCACAUCGAUAAAUCCCAAGUUUCGGAUUUCGAUGCCAAACUCUACAUCAAUGGCGAUGCUCUACAGGCGACGUCUGUUAUUCAAGCGUCUUUUCUAGAAAAGAUGAUUCUUCCAGAACUUCUGACUUUUUAUCAUCGAGGGAGUCAAGAGAGUACAUUGGGAAUCGGAUUAACGUCUCCGUCGUCGUCGGCCAGAAUCCGUUGACCCUCGUCUUCGAGUACCACACCAACUCUGAAGGUCUUUUUGAGCAUUCGGAAAGUUAUUCAGCUAAAAAAAAGAGCCUCCAUAAUGUAAAUUUUUGAAGUUUGAUCAAGGGCUUCUGAAACCUGAGAGAUAGUAGUUACUCAGUAAAGUUUCGGAAAUAGAGAAGCCUGGAUAAUUUUUUUUUUCUGAAAUGUCUUUUAAUUUUCACGAAAAUAAUAAGGUUCAAAGGCCAAAAUUUAAUGCUCAAAACUUCAAAAACUUCAGUGAGCAAAAAAAAAUUGCUUUUUUUUUUGUUGCGAAUGAAAAUCUGAGAAAUAAGUGAUUGUGUGUGAGAAGAUAAAAAAAGGCUCAUUAAUGAGGACGAUUUGCAGUUUGCGGAGGCGAGAUCAAGCAGGACCAAGGUUUCCUGACUACUCCCCGUCGUUUUGACGAGGAAUACGACUGCGAGUACGUCCUCCGUAACUCUCCUGGCAACACCGUCACCGUCCAAGUCAUGUGAGACCGAUUUAACAACUUUUCAAAAGUUUUUCAUGCUUCUCUAUUAAUAAAUCCGAUUAAGUGCCUGAAAAACGUUUCUUUUGAAUGGCCUGUAGCCGUUGAAGGUUUUUUGAAAUAGAAUGUUUAUUGGAAAGUUUGAAAAAAACUGCUCUGACGACUUUUAAUCAUUCUUUCUUGUUUUUAUUACCGAAAUAGCUGUCCUUUUGACUCAAGAACUUGGUAUUAACCAAAUCCAGUAACGCAACCCCAAUAGAAUUUCUUUAUUGACUCAUUCAGGAAUCUGACAAUGUCCUCGUCGACCGACUGCGUCAGGUCCUACUUGGAAUUCCGAAAGUUCAACGAAUCUGGUCCGCUUCUGGCUCGUCUCUGCGAGUUCCCAGUCGGAAACGCUACUUUUGAAGUUUUUUGAGUAUCGAUUAUGACGUACAGUCUAUAAAUACAGGCGCAAGUCAUCUGGAUGAAGAUUCGGUAUCGAAAAGCUUUGACCGAAGAAAUGGGUCCAGUCGUCGUUACUCCCAAAAUCAACUUGAAAUACAAGAAAAGUAGGUUCCAGUGAGAAGAUGUCCAUUAAGUAUUCUGAUGAAGACGCCGGUUCGGACACUCGGUCGAAAGUUAUCGCCAAACCAAUACUCGAUGUUGCCGAGGCCACUGAAUCGACUUGGGUCCUUGAAGGAGCUCCUGGAAAGGUUGGUUUUCAUAAUUUUCUUUCUCAAAAGAAUUCAUUUACAGGACUUGGCUAUACGAUUCACCAAGAUGCGAAUGUUGGGAAGUGAAUCUGGAAUAACGGUUGAAACGAGAAGUCAUGAAAAUUGGAACAAAAAAUGUUUUCAGUUCACCGAAACUUCUGAUUCUGAUUCUGAAGCUGUCACCAACCCGCUCGCUCAGGUCUACAAAGGAUCCUAUCCAUACAGAGGUUAGAAAGUCCGAUCGAAAAGUGUUGUGUUGAGUUUCAUAAAAUCAACACAGCAUUAGCGUUUUGAAAAAAAGGACCAUUUUUUUCGGAGUAUUCCAUAAAGGAAAAGCUCAGAAUUCAUACUUCCGUAUGAAAAAGUGACGGUGAAGGCCAAGUACGAAUUAACGGACGAUUUCGAGUUUGAAUGGGAACUCCUCGACUCGCCUGACACCAACGCCACGUUCACCCCAGAAAGCCCUAGGAGUACGGUUUUUUCCUGGAUUUCUCGAAAUUCGAACCUUACACAGACCACACAUGCGGCGAAUUCCUUCAUCCGACCAGCGAGUGGCAGUAUAUCAGCAAUCCCACUGAACCUUUUGGAGGUUUCCUUUGAAAAAAUACCCGGAGCUCCAUAAUUUUGUUUAAUUCUUCAGGUGGAUACGGUUAUCCUGUGGACACUCAUUGUCUGUGGACCAUCCAAAGGAAACUUUUCACUGGAAUCGAGUUGAAGGUAAAAAAUCGAAUUAUUUAAUAAUGACCUAACGGAUCUAUCAUGACUUUCAGUUCGAGAAAUUGUCCCUGGAAGAGAGUCCAAAUUGCGUGUACGACUACGUCGGCUUCGUCGUGGACAAUGUCGUCGAAGCCAAGUACCAAGAGUUGGUUUUAUUACUGGCAAACCAGUGAAAACCGUCUGGAUCUUAUCAAAUAAAACCGAUUGAAGCUCUCAAAAUACACACAUUUCAUAAAAUUUCAGCAUGGAAGCUUCUGCAACAUCACGUCAUUGCCAACUUAAAAAGAGCAACAGCACCUUCAAAUACAGCUACAACAAGGUUUUGGACGUGAAAAAGGAACUUUCUCAUGAAUAUUUGAAAGGUGCUGCGGAUCCACUUCGUGUCGGACCACAACCGAGGCGGCGCCGGAUUCCGACUCGGCUAUCGACUUUGUUUGUAACAAUCGCAGAGAGUUGAGAUGAGAGUUUCUUUUAGCCUGCACCUCUUUCGACUAUCUACCGGCGUCGAAUGGCCUGACUCAGUACGAACUGACGAGUCCUCACUGGCCCCGGGGGACUGCAGAACGGGACUACGUUAGUUUUUCCCUCAGUUUGAGACACAACGGAAAGAAUCCAUGACAUUUACAGAACUGCGAGUGGACGAUUUUGUCGGAGAGCAAUCGUCAGUUCGACGUCCAGAUCAUCGACCUCGAUAUGCUCGAUGCGGAGGGCUGUCCAGACGACUUUUUGACUUUGGUGAGAACUCGAAAUGACUAGGACUUGCAAUGAAAAUUCGACCCGCGAUGAACAGUUUUCAUUUCAUAUUGUUUCACGGAUCUCGAACUUUUCAGAAUAAUCUUGAUAAUAUAUGGCAGCCCUUGAACUGAUAACUAUUUUGAAAAAUUAUUAAAAUAUUCAAAAAAGGUUUUCUAACAUUUUUUCGAAAUAUCCGAGAUGAGGAAAUAAAAACUUUGGCAAACUUUGUAUCCUUUGAAUGUUUGAAGCAACUAAAGCGAGACGAUUUUUCAGCGUCUGGCGUUCUACUUCUUAAUGAAAAUGGCAAUUCGACUGUUUUUGAAAGCAUACAUUUUUGUUUCAAAGCUUUUUAGAGAGUUAAAAAAAAAUUUCUUGAUUCACAUCACGGAAGGUAGUAAACACAGAAAAGUUAAGAAUGAUUAUGUUCCAAUUUCUUAUCUCUCUGUGGGAUACUGUAGAUGACGAGGUAUUUUCCAGGCCUCGAGAUCCUCGGUCAUCCGUCAGCUGCCGGACACGGCCAGCUACUGCGGAAGAUUGGAUGAAAACGAAAAAGCCAACUAUACAUCGCUCUACGGUCGCCUCUUUGUAAAAUACAAGGCUAGCAAGAACUCGAAAAAGGUUUUUUACUCAAAAAAUAAACCUAGAACUUCUCUUCAGGGAUUCAAACUGAGGAUCAAAGAAAAAGUCGUCGAAUGCACUUCAGAAGUUAUUCACGUCGAUGAGAACAACCCAACGAAGGAGAUUUUCACUCCAGAAUUCCCAGGAAGUGCGGAAAAUGAAAAAAAAGUUGAAGUUGAUGAUCCCCUUCUUUUAGAAAUGCCAGCUUUGACGGACUGCGAAUACGUGAUGGCGGGUCCGAACGGCCACAGACUGAAGUUUACGGUGAACCCUGACCUUUUCCGGCUCGACCUGCAGCCUGGAGACACGUCAGUGUAGACCCUUCAUCUUAAAAGUUCACUUCGGACGAGUUCAGAUGUCCUUUCGAAUUUGUCGAGUUUUACGACGGCCCAACAGUCAGCUCUCCACUAAUAGGAAGGUUUGUUUGUUUUUUCUCUUUAUUUAUGAAUUAUUUAUAGUUCAAAUACUUCUCUCGUUUUUUAUUCGUUAUCAAGCAAGUUCCCUCGAAAAACAACGCACAGAAAACAACUAAACACAAAAAAUCCGCUUGAAGCACUUCCGACCUGAAAAGACUUGCGCGCGGUGACAAAAAUCGCUUUUUCACAUUCUGGAAUGAAGCUGAACUUAUCAGAUUUAGUGUCUAGGAACUACUUGGUAGUCUCCUCGAAAAUCCACAAAAAUUGAAAACUGGCUCAAGCACCUGGAUGAUUUUUCAGGUACUGUGGGAAAAAGUCGCCGUCGACGAUCUUCUCGACCUCCAACUUCUUGUUGAUGCGCUUGGUUACUCACAUCUCGACGUCAGCUCUUGGAUUUAAUGCCACCCUAGAAUUGGGUUCGUUCUGACUGACUCGACGUUUAAUGUUUGAUUUCAACUCAGCCAGUUGCGGUGGAACGAUAAUGGUGCACACAAACGAGACCCAGAAAAUAAUGUCGCCCAACUUCCCUCAUCAAUAUACUCCGAUGGUGGACUGUGAAUGGACGGUCCGUAGUGCGAACACUCACUUGCUCGAAACCAGGUCCUUUUUUGUUGAAUUUCAAAAAAAUUAUCUUUCAAAUGUUUUACCUUAAUUUUAGUCACGUACUUCUUGUAAGAGUUUUUAUUAUUUCCAACUGGUCUGAAAAUUUUCCAGAAUUGAUGCUUUGUGGCUGACUUAUAACCCGAAUUGCACAACUGAUCGUCUGACUGUGCGCGAUGGAAACGCCACCGGUACCGUCUUCUUCUGAUUUAUAUCGGAAUCCGUACGUUCAGCGCCGUAUUUGGUGAGUCCGACAUGUUCUCCGCGGACGAUGCAGUCGGAAUGGCAGAGGGCGUCGGGAAGCAGGAUCACCGUCCAGUUCCACGCCAAUUCCUCCAUCACGGUCCGUCUUUUUUCCGAAGAGUUUGUGACUUGGAACCGUUCAGAGAGCCACCAGGAACUACUGCAAGGACAAAAAGUGUGGAUUCGAGCUGUCUGUCAGGCUCAGCGGAAGGGGUCAGUUGAAUCUUAGAAAAAAUGCCCUCUUUGAAAGCCUCUUCCUGUAUUUUUAGCCGGUAAAUGAUCACUCAGGAUACAUCUAUGCAAGCAAUAUGCUAAAAAUUGCACUACGGAUCUUUUUCCAAUCAAUUCACCACAACUUAUUAUAUACCAGCAAAAAGUAAAGAACUUUCAUCAAAACUUUCUUUGAAGCUUGUGGCGGUAGAAUCACGGACGACAGCGGCGAACUGACGGUCCCUGGAUACCCUGAUACAAUUCUGCCUUACCUCAAGUUGGAAUUUCCUCCAUCAAGAAGUCAGAAAUCCUUUCCAGGUGUCUCUGGCAGUUUGAUGCUGGUCCCAAAAAGCGAUAUAUGUUCGAGCUGAAGUUCACCAAAGACUCUGUAGGUUGAUGAAGUUUCACAAUGAUUUUUCGGCUUUUUCCAGGGACUUAGGCCGUUUAACACGUCUACCAGCUGCUAUAUGGACCUGCGGGUAAGAAAAAUAGGGAACGAAGAAAUAAUGAAUAAAUAAAUCCAAGUUUGUUCCGAAAGUAAUGAAAAUUUAUUUUGUGGUCGAAAAAUGCCAAUUUGAAAAAUAAAGGAAAGAAGUUUUUGAUAUGAAUACUGCUCGCUUUUUUAAAUUCAUAUCAAAAUUUUCUAUUUUCGUCAAAAAAAAGACUUCUCAAAAUUGUUUUUACUGUUUGCUGACUCCCUGCCAAACGCCGUUUAAAACAUUCAUUUCUCUCAUAAAAAAAAAACAGGCCGGUCAAACAGAAAGAAAUCUUCUAUUCGUUAAUCCCCAUUCAGUACUUUUUUUCCAGUACUUGAACGGAGAUUUCAAGGACGACAAGUCCUUCUUCCUGGACCGCCGAUUCUGUUCCAACUCAGCGACUGCCUUUACCACUGCUGACCUGGCCACUGUUAUGUAAUACUUUGAAUUUCUCCUUCAGAUAUAUUUUUAGAAAAGGCUUGUUUCAGAUUUGACAACACUUACGAAUCGCGUUUCUCGACUAACAAGGCGCCCAGGACGCUGACUCCCUUUGUUCUCAAGUACAGCAAGGUUCACAAAAUGAAGCGCUCUGAGUAAUAAAAUGUCUUCCUUUGAAGCUGACGGCUAACUAUGGCGACGGCUCAUGUACAAGGGUCACAAGAAUGAAUGAAACUUUCACUUUUAUGCCGACCUCCACCGUCGGCCACGAAGUUCAUAAUAAUGGUACUGUUUAGCAUCUUGAUCAGUAAUAAGCUCCUAGGCCUUGUUAACCCAAAUUUCCCAAAAGUUACAAGGAAAUAUUUCAGAUUUGUGUCACCUCGUGGUGAAGCGACCCCGCGAGUUCCAAACGACCACAAUCACAGUCACCAACUAUUCGAGUCCCCUGGAAGUCUCAGCCACGCGGACUUGCUUCGAAUGGAAUUCCUACUUCGACAUCAAAUGUUUCCUAUUCCUUCUGAACGAACCAUAAGAAAGAUUUCCAGCCGACAAACCGAAUCAUAUCAACCUCCGUGGAUGUAACACGACUUUCAACAGUAAGGAGAAGGUCCAGCGGCUGACGACCGUCAACAAAAAGAUCGACGUCUUCGUCGUCAACCAGCAUGAAUCCAUGCAGCAGUUCGUCCUCAACGUCGAGAUGCAAGGUAUAAUCUCUCAAUCUACCGAACUUAUACAUUAGAAAACAAUUUAUCUGUUCAUCAGAAUGUGGAGGUGUCAUUGAAACGCCGUCUUCUGGAACCAUUACAAGUCCAAAUUGGUCCCUUCAUGGCCAAUACCUCCCAAAUUCCCACUGCAAAUGGUUCCUCACAGCUCCAGAAGGCCAAGUUGUCAAGGUUUCGAGUUUUACUUGUCAUCAUUAAACCAAGACGUUAUCAGAUCAAUAUUUUAAUGAUGGAUGUGGAGUACACGACAGAGUGCGUCAAUGACAUUUUGACUGUUGGCGAAGGUUUUUUUUUCAGUUUUUUUCAAAUAAAGCUUUUUUGAAGUUACUUUUCCGCGAUCUCUAUGCCUAGACUCAUUCUAUAUGCGCCCAUAAAUCUCCAAGCUAAUUUGAAAAAGUAAAAAGUGUCAGGAAUCGACAAUUUGAUAAUCCACAAGUACUGCAACAGCAACGACGAGUACGGAAAGCCAGAAGAACAGCUCGCCGAACGCUUCAAAGUACAUUGAGCUCCCUCAUUUCGAUGCAAAGUUAUUUUUUGCAGACUGUAGUUUCUGUAAGUCGAUAUUUGACUCUGGAAUGGCACACAGACGGACAAAACGAACGCAACGGAUGGAAAAUCGACUACGAAUUCGUGAAUGCCAACAACGGUUGGUUCAUCUUCAUACAGGGAGAAGCAAAAAUCUAGAUUAUCAAUUUUUCAUAUUUGAAAAAAAUAUCUGUGUUGAGGUUUUUUGAGAAACUAUCUUCGAAAAUCACUCUAGAUUUUUUCUUGUAAAUGUUAUGAGAACUUUUACAGUAUGCGGCUACGCGACCAAGGGAAUGUCUGGCGUGAUCCAUUCCCCCAACUUCGACAAGGACUACCGCAACAACGAGGAGUGUCUUUGGGAUAUUCAAGUUCCGAUGGGAUUCCACAUUUCCAUUCAUUUCACUCAUUUCGACGUUGAAUCGUCGGAAAAUUGCUCCAAGGAUUCCCUCGUGGUAGGUUUCUAGUUGAAACUGUAGAAACUAUUUAAAAGUCUAGAUUUGUUCUGCGCCAUUUAGUUUUAGGCUGAGUUGGAAAAAAUGAGCGGUAUGGUAAAAUGUUCUCUAAAUCAAAUAUGUUCCGCUUACUUUCAGCCAAAAAAAUUAGGGCGCAACCCAAAAACAGAAAAAAUAACUUGGAAAUGGUUAUAUUAAAUUCUCCAAAAAAAUAUUCAAGUUAAAUUUUCAGAUCUCGCAAGAACACAGUGCUCGCGCCUUCGCUCCAGUCGGCGACUAUUACUUUGUCUUCGAAAACGAGGAAAAAUCGUCGCCAAAAUGUGGAAUCAACCUGCCGAGGGACUUUUCAAGCGAAAGCAACCGCGUCAGACUCAACUUCACCACCAACCAGGAAAUCACGGCCAAGGGAUUCCGUCUGGAAUGGAAGGCCGAGUGUGGAACUGUCUUCACUCUGAACCACGGCGUCGUCUCUUCGCCCAACUACCCUCAGUAUUACGGCAAUGUCGACCGCGAAUGCAUGUACAUGAUCUAUCCGCCUCCAAAUGCCGUCGUUGCUCUUCGGUUCCUGGACGUCGACCUCAACAACUUCAAAAGUCUUCAGAAAUAUUUUGCAUUCCAUUAUUUUUGGGGUUUCAGUCAAUGCCGAACGUUACCCUUGUCGCCAGGAUUAUGUCGAGGUCAUCGAUCUCGAGAACAAAAACUCGGUGUCCGUCGUCUGUGGCGGAGAACCUCUCCCUGAGAUGCCGUUCACGGUUAAAGUUAGUUCUAGUAGAUUGUACUCAUCUACGAAUCUUGAUAGUCUUCUGACACACUCCUCUAAAUUUCACAAUCAUGAAUGCGUUGAUUUUUUUACUUAACCAAAUGUCCCUAACAAAACGCCCCCUUCUUAGUUUUUUCGUAAUUUCGCUGUCUCCAUCUUCAAAGACUGUUUGAGAAAUUUUUCAAAUUUAAUGCUAACACAUAUGAAUAUGGAAAUCUUGAUAUGUCUUUAAGGGUCCUGUUGGCAUUCGGCUGCUCACCAACACCUCGUUUUCCUUCAGAAGCUUUGAAAAUAAGCGAAGUUUCCGCGGAUUCCAACUCUCCUACUCCAUCAACAGUUACCAGGAAUUUUUUUUCAAAAUAACAAAUCCUUCAGAAUGUGGCGGCAACAUUGUGCUCAAAGAGGAUAAUAUGGCGAGGUCGAUCUCUUCGCCGGCCUUCCCUCUGGAGUACGAACAUCAACUCGACUGCGUCUGGAACAUCACCACCACUUCAGAUCGCGUUAUUGUGGCCAAGUUGGACUUGGUCCCAAUUCCUUCGAAAAAGUUUUUUGAUCCAGAUUCGAAGAUAUGGACAUGGAGCAGGUGAGCGAUUGCUCUGCGGACGCGGUCGAGGUCUACGAUUCGGCGACCAUUUCCAACACAUCUUUGCUGGUUCGAACUUGUGGCGACAAGUCUAGGUUAUCAUUUCGAACAAUUCUGGGAUAACUCUCUCGAACUUCCCUUCUAGAAUGCCGAUAGCGCCACUGCGAACUUCUGGAAACAGCAUGCUUAUUCGGCUCGUGACGGACUUCUCAUUAUCGGGCAAAGGAUUCAAACUCGUUGUCACUGCUACCUUGGGUUCCAUUCAUAUUCACGUAUUAUUAGAAAGAAAUGUAUGUUAAGGAGAAUCGAAAGGAUGUGGUGGGAAGCUCCAAGCGAGCGGAGAAUGGAACGCGCUGACCCCGCCCAAGACUGAAAAUGGUAGGAAAAUGAGAAAAAAAGGGUCCAGAAAUUAUGUGUUUCAGGAGAGUACGCGAUGUCUUUGAAGUGCGGCUGGACGAUUUCGGGACCAACAAACACCAUGCUGGAAAUGAGGCUCGUCGAAAUGGACACGGAGCCUUUGUCCGUGCCGCCAGGGAAAACUGUGCCCCCCGUCUGCAUCGACUCUCUUUCGGUCUGAUCCUUCUAAAAUUUUUAUAUGACUUCUAGAAAAAUCUAGGAAAAAUAACUACUAAAUGCUGGCUAAAUUCUGAAUGGUAUUAUUCAUUUACCUUUACUUGAGACGCCAUUCAUUUAUGUGGAAUGACUCGAAAUUUUGCGGUUGUGUAUGUUUUGAGAAGAUUUGAACGCUUGAAAAGCAACAACCAUUCAAAUCUUAUAUUUUCAAAUCAAUCGUCAAACUUCGAAGACUUGUGAAAGGAUAUCUGAAUUCGACAACUAAAAAUACGAAAAGCUAAGAAAAGCAUUCUUUUAUUCCGUAGACUCUAUCAAGGCGAUUUUCUGAAUAGUUAUUUUAAUGCAUACCUAGAAUCAUAAAAAUGAGAUACAGUAACUUUUUUUUUAACUUGAAAAAACCGAAAAAUUUGAAGAUUUUCGACGGUGUCCGGAUGCUUUCGCCGCUGAUCGCCGAGGAUUUGUGCUCGGAGACGACGGUUGAAAAGCUUCCAAUGUACUUCCACACGUCCCAUCGGUACCUCAGAAUCAUUUCUCCUUGUGAUAUUUCGUCUCAGACACGCUUUCGUCCACUUUGAGACGGACGAGACUAACUCUGGAAAGGGAUUCAAACUCGAGUAUCGCACACAGGAAGGCAAGUUUAUAUAAACUAUUUGAAACUUAUCUUUUCCAUUUUCAGCGGAAUGCGGUGAAUGGCUGAAGGCGACGAGUUAUGAGAAAACGGUCACUUACUCAGUGAAAGCAGUGGCGGGUACGGAAAAGCUUUUGUUUGAUAGAAGAGGAAAGAUUUUAUAGAAGCAAAGGAGAACCAGAGAAACCAACGAUGUAGAUACGUCAUCGAAGCGUCAGAAGAAGCGCCGGUUCUCAUCCGAUUCAAGUACGGUCUUUUUUUCAAAAACCUGGACUUUUGAGCUCAAGCCAGGAAAAAAAAACUAUCCUUAUUUUUUCAAUAUGUUUGUUUAUUUAGUAGAAGGUUUAAGUUUUGAAUAUGUUAAGUUUAAGUCAUUAAGUCAUUAAUAAUUUUUGGACUAACCUUUCGAAUUUCUUCAGUUCAAUGAGGUUCCCAUCAGAAGCCGGAGACUGUUCUGAUGCCUUUGUCGAGGUUUGAAAAAGUGGGCGGCAAAAAAGAUAAAUGAUGUGGUUGAAGAUAAGAGAUGCGGGUGCUAUCAACAACUGUCAACAUCCGGCUUGCGCGAGAAUUCCAUCUCAAAGGAAGGUAAAAGCUUCGUGAAAACCUUCUCUAUAUCCCAGCUUUAAUUUGAAUUUCAACUUGUCGAUAAUUCAUUUUUUUUUUUUAGUAAUAGAUGUAGUCGACUAGGCGCUGAACAAGACGUUUUGUCACUAUUCGCUUUUGGAACCGAUUUUGGCGAACUAGAAGUCCAUACGUGUAGCUGAUCAAGUUGAAAGCAAGGUCUUACGGUCUUACUUGGUUUACUGGGCCUAGUCCAUUCAGUAGCGCCUCGAGGAGCUUAGAAUGUAGCCGAUGUUGAAGUUGAAGCCCCUAGACCGUUCUCUAGGUAGAAGCCUUGAAAUGAAAAUGGCCAAUUCGACACGGAAUCGAAUUCAAAAUUUCAGGUGACCCGAGUUUGCGGAUCUGCAGUACCGCCCAUUCAUAUUUCCAACACAAACAUCGUCCAGGUUAUCCAGUACCUUCGAAUUAUCUCAAUUAAAAAAAGCCUUCAGAUUUCUACAUCGGCCUUGAUUGACGCGAGCAAGGCGGCUUCCAUGUCAUUCACCUACUACGCUCUAACAAGUUUCCGGAUAAAAAUGUUUACAGAUGACAGAUUCUUUCAGACUGCAACCGAACCAUCGACACUAACAUCUACCGCAGUGGACGGCUCACAAGUCCCAACUAUCCCAACUUCUACUCCACCAACACCACUUGCAACACAAAGCUUUUCGCCGCCGGCAGGAAGAUUCAUUUCUCGUUCAAGUUCGUGCCAAAUUUCCAAAUUAUAUGAAAAGUUCCUAAACGUGUUGAAUAUUCUUACUUUAUUGUAACAAGUUUAAGAAUGAGAUUUCUGAAAAAAAAUACAACUUUCAUCUGUUCUGAAAGUAUUUUUUCAUAUUUUUACUGAAAUCAGUGCCAUUUUCCACCACACUUACCGAAGUUUGUCUGAAAAUACUCAUUGAUUUCCAGAACGCUCAUAAUGGAGACUGAGGCUGAUAAUGAUGCUCCGGAACGUUGCAUUUUCGACUAUCUCGCGGUUUUCCUCUCACAUGAAAUCUUUCAAAUGAUGUUUUUGUCAGAUAAAAGAAGAAAACAGAGAAAAAAGGUUCUGCGGAGAAAAUUUGCCCGACUCGAUACUCAGCAACAAGGGCGACAUCGACGUGAGUGGUCUCUGAAGGGUUUCAAAAUGUGGUGCUUUCAGUUCCUUUUCGUCUCCGACUACAAUCAAGAACAUGACGGCUUCGAUCUGACUUAUCACGUUUUAGUCAAAGAGACAGGUUUGUCUGAAUAAAGAAAACUCCUUCUGAAAAAGAUCAUAAUGCAGAUGAUUCGCUACUUUUUGCCGAUUCUUACGACAGAGAAGGAGUGAUUUCGAGUGUUGGCUACCCUCUCGGCUACAAAAAGUCGAUGACUCAGACGUGAUCCAUUUCUCUAAUUCUGCCGAUAUUCUUAUUCUUUGAGGUGGAUGAUCCGGCCACCCAACGGACACACUUGCCAGCUGUCGGUGCUGGACGUGGGCCUGGGGACGAACAGGAAGGAAUGCGCGUCACAAGGUGCAGCAGUGGCGUGGUUUCCGAGACGAUGACUCAUGCUUUCAGACGAGUACCUCGAGAUCGAGCAGGCGGGCGAGGACGGCGACGAGCUUGACCUCCCUUCGACGACUCGGCUCAGAGACUGCUCCCUGGUCGGUUUCGAAAGAGUUUCAACAUCGAAAACGUUGAUCUAUCAAAUAAGAUCGCAGAAAGUGCAGUAAGAUAUGUGGACAUGCUUAUCCAGAUUCCACAGUUAACAACAUUUCACAAAAUUUUGAACGGUUUCAUUUUUUCUAGCUAAAAAGGAGUUCUAGAAGACGUUAAAAUCGUGAAUUAAGGUCUGAUAGCAACCAAAGUCGAAUUAAAAAAAAACAAAAAUAUUACUUCGUUUUCUCUCUAGAAAAAAACCUGCAAAAACAACUUUUUGACGAAUAUUUCGAAUAAUUAACCAGAUUUUUUUUGGUUAAGAUUUUCGUGCUUUAUUGAGACUUCAUUGAAAGAUUAUUUUCUCCACCACUUUUCACAGCAGUUGCGAAUAGAAAAUAUUGAAGGAGAAUGGCCAAAAACCAGUGGUUGAAAUGCGACCUGGAGUAGAUCGUUACCUCAAGCUGACCUUCAAAUCUGACGAUGAUCAAACCAACGACGGCGUCGGAUUCCGCGUUUCUUGGAAGUGCGAAAAUUAUGAAAGCCCUCAACUUUGA